AACGGACCAUUAUUUGGCUGUUAUAAUGCACUUCAAUCACUUUAAUGGAAUGUUCAUUUAACAGUAGUCUAACUGCAAACAUGGUUCGCCGCAAACAUUUGCCGUCUUGAAUGCAGAGAAACCACAGCCCUGCAAGUAUAUGUUCAAUACUCCGGUUCUCUGUUGAAUAUUUGACCCCUGGGUCUGUCUCAAUAUUUACAUUUAAAACAAGUAGUGCCUUACAUGAAGCCCAGAUCAAUUUAAGUUGAAAUUUAACUUCUUGCUGAGAACGUGCCAGAGUUGAGCACAGGAGAUCUCUGCCAUUGCACAUUUGUGUGUUCGGCUCUCUCUAUUUUAGACUGGAUAGCUGGGCCUCCAGACUUAAUUUUUCUAAGGGACUUGUGGUGAUAACGGUGUUGUUCUCCAGGCAAACUGACAGAGAAUGGAUACUCGUUUGCUAGCACUCCUGUUGUUCUGUCUCUACAGUCGAGGACUAAGCGACGCCUGGCCUUCUGACAAUGGGACAACAAUCCCUCCUAUAGAGGACCCUCUCGCCCCCACCAGUAAUGGCUCUGAGCCCUCCUUUGCCCCUGAAAGCUCAGAGGAGGAAGACGACCUAAAGGACUGUGGAGGUCUGGCUUCCAGGGCCAGUGCCAAACGGGCUUUAGGGGGCGCCAUAAUGAAGCUGGGCCUGGACAUCCUGAAGACGAUGAAGGGCAGUCCAGAGCAGCCAAACACCAUCAUUUCACCACUCAGCAUCUCUCUCGCUCUCUCACAGCUGGCUCUUGGGGCAGUGAAUGAGACUGAGCAGUUGCUCCUGCAGGCUCUGCAUGCAGAUGGGCUUCCCUGCUACCACAGGGUCCUGAGAGGGCUUCUCAAACAGCUGCAUGGGGGCGCUCUACAGGUGGCCACCCGGCUGUACCUGAAGCCAGGGUUUAAAGUGAAGGAGGCCUUUGCUGAAGAGUCCCUGCAUAUGUAUAAGUCGGAGGCAGUGACUCUGACUGACCUGGAGGAGGUGAACAAGUGGGUAGAGGCAGCCACAAAGGGAACCAUCACCAACUUUCUGCCCAGCCUGCCGGCUGAUUUAGUCCUCAUGAUCAUCAAUGCUGUACACUUUAAAGGGCAGUGGCAAGCUCGCUUUGAUACCCGUUUCACCUCGAAGGACCUCUUCUUCCUAAACGACAAGGAAGUGGUGCACGUGGACAUGAUGUUGGGCCCGAAGUAUCCCCUCAGUCUGCUCAUCGACGUCGACCUAGAUGCCAUGGUGGCCCUGUUCCCCUUUAAGCAGGGCAUGAGCCUGCUGGUGGUGAUGCCCUCUUCAGGGCAGGUGGACGUAUCGGCUAUCGGUGCCAAGCUCAACACCACAGACCUUUACGCUCGUUUGGACCGGCCCAGGACCAUGCAGGUCAAACUGCCAAAAUUCAAAUUGGAGUACGGGCAGGAGCUGCAGGAGGCCCUCUCUAGUAUGGGGCUUGGUGAGCUCUUUUCCAGUCCCAACCUGGCGAAGAUAUCGGAUGGCUCCCUGCUGGUGUCCAGUGUGCUGCACAAGUCCUGCAUGGAGCUGAACGAGGAGGGGGCAGAGGCCUCGGCUGCCACCAGCGUGAUCAUAUCCCGUUCCAACCCCACCUUCAGCGUCAACCAGCCUUUCUUCUUCGCCCUCAUGGACGAUAAAACGCAGACACCCCUGUUCCUGGGGGUGGUCAGGAACCCCAACCCGGAUGCCACUGUCAUUCAGAUUGGGCGCUCUGCGAACCCUGACAAACUGCCUGAUAAGAGUAAAGGGGAAUUUAACCACCUGCCUAAGUAACUGCAACCUUAUUGGCUGUGAAUAAAGUAAGGCAACGACCUGGAACUGCAGUGCUGUCUAUCAGGGAGAAAAUGUGCACAUGCAAGUGCAGACUAUGACAAACACACACACACACACACACACACACACAUACACACAUACAAUGAUACCAACACGAAAAAAUGCACAUUGAUACCCAAAAGUAAAUUUAGUAUUUCCCCACAAUACCAGUGUUCAGGAGUACAAAUGUUGAGGCAAAGCAUCCCAGUAUUCAAAACGGGGCUGAGGCAUCCUUUUCCUUCUUAGUUAAAAGCAAUAGUAUUACCACACUUGUCCUCCUGAACUUUACAAACUGUUCUUGUGAAGCAUCUUGAUGUUUUUGAUUAAAGAAAUGUUACUAUAAAA